AUGGAGCCGUUGAGACAAUGCUCAAUUUCAGAAAUCACAGAAUCAAACAAAGACAGUAGCAGCUUUCAAUUAAAUAAAAAAAGAUCAGAGUCAGAACCGGAAGAACAACAAUCACAUCUCACCAAAAGAAAACGCCAAUUACCACCAAACUUCUUAACACCUUUUGUCGACCUGAAACUUCCCAAGGGCGACGUAACAUAUUACCCUCAAAUAGGACUAAUCCGCUCAGAAAAAAUCACCUAUUACAAACAGCUAAUCUCGCUACCAUACUGGAAACAACCCAACUUAGUAGUGCACGGCCGACAAACACGCGCUCCACGACUCACCUGCUCAUUCGGCUCCCAGCCCAACAAAGUAUACCGCUACUCAGGGACCACAGUGACCCGUGACUCAGUGGACUACCCACCUCCAAUUCUGCACAUCAAAUCCAUAAUCGAAAAAAUACUCGAUACGGAAUUCAAUUUUGUGUUGCUGAAUUGGUACAAGAACGGCGAUAAUUAUAUCGGUGAGCAUUCGGAUGAUGAACGGGGGUUAAAGAAGAUGGGUGUGAUUGCGUGUGUUAGUUUGGGCGCGGAACGGAAUUUCGUGUUGAGGAAUAAGACAGAGAGGGGGUUGGUCAAGAAGUUGGUGUUGGCUGAUGGGUCGAUGGUUGUAAUGAAGGGAAAUACACAGGCGAAUUGGAAACAUUCGGUCCCGAGAGAGAAGAAGGUUGCUAAUGGGAGGAUUAGCUUGACUUUUCGGCAACUUGUAUGA